CCAGAUGGCAAAUACAUUGUUGAUGAUUUGGAUUUGCCGAAAAAUAACACGUCAUCUCCAAGAAGACCAAAAGCGAAUGAAAGUGUGCGCGAAAUGGAAAUGUUCGCAUGGGAAAGUUCAAGCCUGCUCUGGGUAUGUAGCUCAAAUCAGGGGCAUAGUCAUGUUGCCAUACUGGAUGCGAAUAAUCCCAACAGCGUGGUGGACACAUUCCCUGCAUGUAUCCGAGAAGUGGACUAUGUUUCGCAGGACAAGAAUUGGAAAGAUUUUUGUCGUGGUGGUGGCUACGUGAAAGAUCUUCCACCCGAUAUGAAUGAUCUAGAACAAUUUGGUGCUGUACAGUGGGUAGAAUUGCGAAGACUUGAUUCAGACGAAGACACGGCAUUAACUUAUUGCGGCCCGGAUCAGAAACCUUCUCCACAGCGUUCCCGCGAUUUCAGUGUUUGCGAACAGGCUACACCAGGCACGUCUGGUAAUGCCCGAGGUUUGAACGAAGUUGCAGAACUUGUCAAAGUGGAGAACGGUACGACUGCUGAGAGCGAAGCGAACAAAGCCGAAGAGAGCGGUAUCAUCAAAAGAUAUAUACUGCUGGAAAAAUUAAGAGAGGCUGCUGAAAAUGGCGUUUUCCUUGGUGAGAUAAUGAUGCAUGCUGCUGUGCUUUUAAGUUAG